AAGGCGUUGUUCACAAUGACUUGAAACCUGAAAAUAUCCUGCUCAGCGCAGAAGGCACGGCUGCAACCGGGUAUUUUGGCUGGCGAGCGCUAUCGGAGUUAAAUCGAGAGUAAAAGGCACUGAUAUAUACAUGUUUACAUGGACGCAAGAAUCGCAGCAGCAAGCAUUGGUCGACGAGAAAUCGUCAUGCUUACACAGAAGGAUGCAUGAGCAUUAUGAAAUCUUCUCUUUAAGGUUGUGGCGUCAAACGUAUCCAUUCAGAUUAGAUUCCGUCUCCGCCGCGACGGCGCAAGAGGUGAAGCAGUUCACCAUUACGUGUGCACAGAAGACUACGCCGCAACCCGACAUCCACUCGUGCACAGGAGUCCCCGUUGAGGUCCGGAAAAUCUUCACGGGAUUUUUACAUAGGUUCGUCGAAGAUCGACGUCUCCCCGGUGAGGUUGCAGAGGAGUUCCUUGCCGCUACACACGCUGGUGGUAUCGAGGGGCCUGAUCAGUAAGUAGUAGCGGAUAGUACGAAUGCGUGUUGUCCGUCUCAGGGUCUGUGAUACAGUUCCCUGACGCUGAAGGAGUUGGCUUCACCAAUUCAACAACCAAGAAGUCGGGGCCUCUCACUGGACACCACAGGCUGCUCAGAAGACAGCGCAGAUGAUGGUGUUUUUGUCAGGUAUUGCUUGCAGAGUUGCCUUCUGCGACUGAAAAAGCUCUCAAAUGAGCAGGAUGUGAUUAGUAGAUCUGGGUCCAUCCUUUGUGCAUGGUGGCUGAGAGGAGGUGCGAGACUUCUGGAAUACCGUGAACACUAAGGGUCAGAGUGCUGGGAACGUUAUUUCUCUGGGAAGCGUGUGUCAUGGAUAAAGUUCAUUGUUUUCUUGCCAACAGUAUCAAGGAAUCUCCUGCGACGUUUGCUACGUGGUGCUGGACUCGUAAACGGGUCGGUUUUGUUUGCAUGAAACUGCGUCGCUGUGCUGUGUCCGAUACGGAUGUUCGGAUCAAGCAAUAAGGCACUCUACCCAGC